CAGCAGUAUUACUGCGAUGGCCUCUAGGGGGAGAUCCGACUAGCUGGCGCUUCAAGACGUUAAUAAAAGGGCCAGCAGGUGGCGUAGAGGUUUUGGGAUGUCACUUUGCAAUAAGAAGUUCUUCCUCCUGCAGUCGCACCCUUGAUACAGUGACAUAAAUAGGAACCCCAAAGAGGCAGUUUUCCAUUACAGCUACAAGCUUGUUAGCAUGUCGUUUGCAAAGAGGAGGUCCCCUGGGACCUGAGCUGAGGUUGUGGUUGCUGUAGAAACCACUGAUGCUGCAGCAUCACUGGCCAGGCAAACAGAAGACAGGGCUACUCCCCUGUAAGCCUGUGAAAACACAUGGCCCCCACCCUGACAGCCUCCCGGGACUCUGGCUCGGGCCAUGGCAAACACAGGCGGUCUGUUGAGGCAGGAGACACCCACACGAUCACCAGCUCCAGGGUCCAGAGCCUCAGCCGGGUGGGAGUAGGGUAAGGAGCCCCCAGCCUGCGCUCCCCACUCAGGGACACCAGGGAUGUUCCAGGACCCGGCGUCCCACCGUGGAUCCUUCAGCAUUCCCGUUCACAUCAAUCUCCUGAACGCUCGACGAAAGCAGCCUCGGCAGAUGAGCCGCACCUUCGCAGAAGUGGAUGCCCGCGGCCCAGCAGGGUACCGGGGCUGUGGGGACAGGCCAAGAUCACAGGCGCUCAUGUCCAGCGCAGGCGAGGAUCAUGCCCUCCUCCUGGGCUUUACCAUGAUGGGCGUUGCCGUGCUCAUGUACUUCCUGUUCGGACUCACCCUUGUCAGACCCUACCUGCACAGCUUCAGCAACUGGAAGGAGGAGUCAAACUGCACGCUGGUCCGGGCAGAAAUCCAGCAGGACCGGGUGGACUGUAAAAAGCACGGCAGCUACCCGUGUCUGGAGGUCUUCGUGAAUCUGUCAGUCUUCGUAAACCUGACGCUGACGGAGCGUACAGCCGUACUGUGGUACAACGAAGACCCUGACCUCUUCAUCACCAAGUGCUUUUCUCUACCCAAAUGCCAAUGGAACAAGAAAGAGGCACUGAAGGAGGCCCAAAAUAUCCAGCAGUAUCUGCGGAACAGAGGGGGCAGUCCAUUCCCAUGCCACGGCAAGGCCGAGGAGCAGCCUGACCAAGCCAUUCUGUUCAGGAAGUACAACGGUGGGCUGGUGGUGCGCCACAUGCUCUGGGCCACGCUGGUGCUGGCUGGGGGCACGGGCAUCAUCUGCCUGCUGAGGCUCAACCAGCACCUCUCCCGUUUGUGUGAGGAGCUGAAGGCCCAGGCAAGGGGCAGGGGGCGACCGCUACCCACGUGACCGGACAUGAGCGCAAGCGUUGGUCGUACGCUCUGCGGGCCCAGGUUCGACACCCAACUGAAAUCGGCAAGGAAAACCAGAUUCCCUGCUGGAUGCGUGCUUUAGCUUCCUGCCCAACGCCUUCGAUGAGCGCAAACAGCCUGGCAGAGUCAGGAAACAGCGGUCACUUGAAAUAAAUUUAUUUUAUACAUUUAUAUAACAGACAAAAUAUUUGAGAAACUGGGUGCAAAGCAACUUUCUUAUUAAAUAGCACACUGAAUAAGACAGGAAUGAAAAUGCAGUUACACAGUAAGAGUUUAACUAAAGAACAUAGUCUUAUAGUCUUAGGCCAAACAUCCUUUUAAUGGCUCUAUAGCAGAAUGGACAGGAAUAACUGCUCCUAUUUUUAAUUUCCAUGCACAAAUUCUGCACCAUCUUUGUUUACUCCAGUAUUUAUCAUUAAUGGUAGUGUCAUAACAGUAAUGAUGAAAAAUAAUAAAAUUUGAGAGCGGUUCUCUGACAUUUUUGGGGAUUUUCACCUUAGUAUUUCAUACACUACAUAUAGUCAAUGUUUAAUAAAGUUUUUUUCUUUUUUUUUUUUUUAAACCUCCCCCGGAGUUAUGGUUCUUCAUAGUACUUUAGAGUUUGGCCCAAGUCUAAUAUAGAAGAGUACAAAUUUCCCACGCUCCCAAACUGCGAACGAAGAGACUGCUUAAACAUUCACAAUCGGUAUGAGACAAACCUUCAAUGGGUCACCAUGAUUACGACAUUAACAAGUUAAAAAAAAAAAAAAAAAAAGGAAAAGGUUUUUCAAUGGGAUUCAAGUAGAGGAAGCAAAACUGAAAUUAGACUGUUAGACUGGAUUUAUAUAGGGUGUACAAUAUUUCCUAUAUGUUUAUAUGUGAAACAUCUCUAAACAUCUGCUUUUCAGCAAGAAGGACAACAUUUUUUUUUGCAAAACCAGUCUAACAGUUUAAUGUAGAUGUCAUAGUGGGUUUCAGAAAUGGGUCUGGCCCAGUCCAGCAUCCGACUGAGACCCCCCCCCCCCCCCCCCCACACACAC